CUUAAGAUACAAGAUAUAGACAAUCGGUGGCGUCCUCUGAGCAGAUCCUACUCUCCUUGUUCGUGCGCCUCGCUCGCUCUUUCCGGCAACCAUGUCUGACAAACCCGAUAUGGCUGAGAUCGAGAAAUUCGAUAAGUCGAAAUUGAAGAAGACAGAAACGCAAGAGAAAAAUCCUCUGCCUUCAAAAGGAACAAUUGAACAGGAGAAGCAAGCUGGUGAAUCGUAAUGAGGCGAGCGCCGCCAAUAUGCACUGUACAUUC